GGAGUGGGGCUCAGUGCGCGGGGUGGGCCGGCGGGCCGGGGAGACGGGAGCUGCGGCCGUGGGCACCACGCACGCGCGAGGAGCGGCUCCGGAGAGCGCGCGCCGGCGGGAGCGCGGCCUCGCGCGCGUGCUGGCAGGUGUGCUGGGGCAUCCCUGUCACGUGACCGCAGAGGAAGGCGCUCCUGCACCUGGUGGGGGGUGGGGCCCUGCAGGCCACACCUCCUCCAAGCCAGAGUGUGGGGGCGGGGGCGUGGCCAAAGAGACAAGAUUCUCCAGGGUCUGGCCUGGGGAGCGCCUUGGAGAGGUGUUGGGCACCCGUCACAGUAGGGGAAAAUUUGGGGGAACACCCACCCUCUUAUUACCAUGGUAAUAACAAGGGGGCUGGCGUCCCCGGGAACCGAGGCCCUAGAGGAGUUCGGGAUUCCUGGUGGGAGCCCCAGAUCCGAGCUUGAAACGAUGGAGUCUGGGCAAAUGAGCCCAGAGGUUCUUGGAUGCUGAUUCUGGCUGCGCCCCAAGUCGCAGUGAGCGCUCAGGCAAGCCCCUGCCUCUUUCUGGGCCCCAUUCCUCACGCAUCUCCCCGGGCCUCGAGGGGACCCUCCGUGGUCCAAGGCCUCACCCCUCUGGUCUGCCGCAGGAUGGGCCUCUCUGCCGCGGCCCCGCUGUGGGGCCCCCCGGGGCUGCUCCUGACCAUCGCCCUGCACCCGGCUCUCUCCUUGCGCCCCGCCAAGGCCUCAGCACCCCCGCACCGGGACUACUGCGUCCUGGGCGCCGGGCCCGCGGGCCUGCAGAUGGCCUACUUCCUGCAGCGGGCCGGGAGGGACUACGUGGUGUUCGAACGCGCCCCGGGGCCCGGCAGCUUCUUCACGCGCUACCCCCGGCACCGCAAGCUCAUCAGCAUCAACAAGCGGUACACGGGCAAGGUCAACGCUGAGUUCAACCUCCGCCACGACUGGAACUCACUGCUCAGCCACGACCCCCGGCUGCUCUUCAGACACUACUCCCACGCCUACUUCCCCGAUGCCGGCGACAUGGUGCGCUACCUGCGCGACUUCGCCGACAGGCUGCAGCUCCACGUGCUGUACAACACGACCAUUGCCCACGUCACUCUGCUCAAGGAUCGGCUGGCCUGGAAUGGCCAUUACUUCAUCCUGACCGACCAGAAGGGCCAGGCAUACCAGUGCAGCGUCCUUCUUGUAGCCACCGGUUUGUCAGUCCCCAACCAGGUCGACUUCCCUGGCUCCGAAUAUGCGGAGGGUUACGAGUCUGUGUCCGUGGACCCCAAGGACUUUGUGGGUCAGAAUGUGCUGAUCCUGGGCCGUGGGAACUCAGCCUUUGAGACGGCAGAGAACAUCUUGGGUGUCACCAACUUUAUCCACAUGCUGAGCCGCUCCCGGGUCCGGCUCUCCUGGGCCACCCACUACGUUGGAGACCUAAGGGCCAUCAACAAUGGCCUGCUGGACACCUACCAGCUGAAGUCCCUGGACGGGUUGCUCGAGUCUGACCUGACAAAUCUGGCCAUCGUGAAGGACCGUGAAGGCAGGUUCCACGUCACCCUGAAGUUCUUCCUGGAGGAAGCCAACCAGAGUGCCGACGCCAUCACCCUCCCCCAGGACAACAAUGACAACUUUGCCAUGCGCGAGGCCUACGACCGGGUCAUCCGCUGCCUGGGCUGGAACUUCGACUUCUCCAUUUUCAACAAGUCUCUCAGACUCUCUUCGGGGGGUGAGUUCAGCAAGAAGUACCCACUGGUCAGAGCCAGCUAUGAGUCCAAAGGAAGCCGGGGCCUCUUUGUCCUGGGCACUGCCAGCCACUCCGUGGAUUACCGCAAAUCUGCAGGGGGCUUCAUCCAUGGAUUCCGGUACACAGUGCGUGCUGUUCACCGGCUCCUGGAGCAUCGUCACCACGGCAUCACCUGGCCCGCCACCGAGCACCCCAUCACACAGCUGACCAGCUCUAUCGUCCGGCGCGUGAACGAGGCUUCCGGGCUCUACCAGAUGUUCAGUGUGCUGGCCGAUGUCGUCCUGUUGAAGGAGAACGCCGCAGCAUUUGAGUACCUGGAGGAGUUCCCCAUGCAGAUGCUGGCCCAGCUGGAGACGAUCACAGGGAGGAACGCCAGGCACGGGCUCUUCAUCAUCAACAUGGAGUACGGCAGAAAUUUCUCUGGACCCGACAAGGACGUCUUCUUUUAUGACCGGUCUGUGGGGCACACGGAAGACGCCUGGCGGUCUAACUUCCUCCAUCCUGUCAUCUACUACUACAGGCACCUCCCCACUGAGCAGGAGGUGAGGUUCCGCCCCGCAGACUGGCCCCUGCCUCGGCCCACAGCCAUCCACCACAUCGUGGAAGAUUUCUUGACGGACUGGACCGCCCCAGUGGGACACAUUCUACCUCUGAGGCGCUUCCUGGAGAACUGUUUAGACACCGAUUUGCGAAGCUUCUAUGCAGAGUCCUGUUUCCUGUUCGCCCUAACACGCCAGAAGCAGCCGCCCUUUUGCCAGCAGGGGUACCUGAGAAUGCAGGGGCUUGUGGGCACCGAGAAUCUUCGACAGCAUGGAGUGGAGAGCGGGCUUCUGCGGGACUAUGCUGCCGUGGGCAAGCGCCAGGAGGACAGCGGCCGGCGGCCUGGAGACCAUGAGCCAGCAGGUCACCCCCUGGCUCCAGAGCCUCCGGUCCAGCCCCCCGACAGCAACAAGGAGGAGCUCUGAUGGCCAGGCUUCUCCCACCCAGGACCACAGUCAACCCUCCUCUUUGCCCACAGCCCCGUGCUCCCACCGAUGUGUGAUUGCCAAAGACCACUCAUAUCAUCGCAACGACCACACCAAAGCCACAGGGAGGGCACAUAAGGGCUGAAGGGUGGCCAUGCAGUGAUCUCCUCCCAUCCUGUUCGGUCUGUGGGUGCCGGGGAGGUGGGUCCAGAGAAGGGCAUCCUCUGCCAGGUGGGAGCUGCCUUCCACAGCCAGGCUUGUCUGCAGUGACCUGUCACUGAGCCCCAGGCUGGCCUCACUUGUCUCCCCAUCAAGUGCCCAGUGGUUCCUUUUCCUUCUGGUCUGCUCUUCAGGUGGGCCUUGAUCCCACCCACCAGUGGAGUGUUUCACAGGUGAAAUCCAUCCUCAUCUUUAUAAGGGUUUGGGCAGGCACUUGAGAACAAAAGGUCUAGUACCCUCAACCAUAGAGGGCUGGUGGGGCUGUUGCUCCCGGAUGAAGACACCAGCUCAGAGAGGUUGGGUGACUCCCACGGUCCCAGCCGGGAGUCCCUGUCUGGGUAGCCCUAAAGUCUAUUAGACCUCACCACACUGCCUCUGCCUGCCCCCCAUCUCUGUUUUCAGAACCUAGGGGCCCAGCCUGGCUUAUCGUCAUAGGCCCAGUGGGCUGUCAUCGGGCAGAGAUAGGACAGCUCCCCACAAAGCCAUCCUAUCUAAGCAGUUUUCUCCCUGAGCAGCAGAACUCAGAGCCGCUCUCCCCAAAACUGCACACCCUGACUUAUCUUCAGCCUCUGUGUUUUCCUCUUCCAUCCUCUCCCCUGCCCUCUGGCAUCAUGAACAACGCCUUGCCUCUGGCCUGCCCCAUCAAGUUUUGUAAACUCACCGUGCUGUCUUUCAGCGGGGAUUCUUUCACAGGUGAUUCACCCCGUUGCUUGCACAGAGCCCGGCUCAGCGUGUGCAAGGAGACAUUUGUAAAUGCAUUUGUAUGAUAACGAUGAUGCAUUUAGUUUCCGGUUCCCUUAGCUGUUCUGGCUCUUCUUUGUUGUCCUUCCUUACCAGGAAUCUGCUCCCUUCCUACUCUCCCAUCAGGCAUUGUGGUCCCAUUUAUUAGUAAGCCAUGGGAAAGCAUUUGUACAUAAAAUAAUCAUGGUGAUUUUUCAAAGCCCAGGACCAUAGGUGAUUGCUUUCUCACUGGCUCUUACUCGUCCUUCACGUAUCCACUCAGAAUUCGAGGGACACAGGUUUUCUGGAUCCGCAGCCCUUUUCUGGGAACAUCCUCUUCCUCUCUUGGCUAGAUCCAAAAUCCCUUAACCACCUGGCCCUGUUGUCCGUCUGCAGAUGCCUCUCCCCCCAGUCAUUUGCAGAGUUACAACAAUGAAACUCCAGCAGCCUUAGCCUAUCGGGGAGGAGGUCUUUACCCCAUGGCGAUACUUGGCACAGUUUGCACAGGGCUGAAACUUCUAAAUUAAGGGACUCUCCCCAGUCCCAGGGUGUCAGGUUCACCAUAUUUCAUACAGAUUACAGGUAAACCAUAAUUGGUUUACCCGUCAGUUCACCCUUCCUUUUCCAAAACCUUUUUGAAAAUAAAUCUUUUAAUAGGACUGUACCCAUAAUAUCAAAUCCUGUUACACACGUCUCGCCUAUCCAAUUCCUGAAGGCUGGCUGAGCCCCUUGUCCCUUCAAGGUGCUGUAACAAAUACUUUACUGACGCCUAAAUAUGUGGCAUCUGCUGCUUUUCCUGUCAUCUGCCAAAUUGUUCAUUCCAUCAAAAUAUCAGCCAGCCUUAUUUGUGUCUAACAAGACGCGAUCCCGGUCUUGCUCAGCUCACUAGAGAUGUCUUCCCUGCUAUUCUUCCUGUAAAUCAGUAGUUGGCUUCGAGCAGAAAACUCCUUUUUUUGCUGUGAAGAUGGCUGAUGCAUUUGCUGGAGUCCCAUCUAGACCUUCCCUCCUCCUAGCAAUGUUCCCUCUCCCCGCCUCUUUUUUAAAUCCUGGCCCCGAGUGCCUGUCGCUUUACAUGUGCCACCUCUGGAUGCCUGCUGUGCUCCUGCCGUGUCGUAUGAAUUCACGGUUUCUACUUCACUGUCUCAGUUCCUUCUUGGUCAAGUGUGGACAUCCCGUUAGCACAUCCCUUCAUUUCCAGCUGGACCAAGUUCCUCUUCUAGCCAAGGCCUGACUUCACUAAUUCCUCCUUUUUUUAAUAUUAUAGCAUUGCUGGCUCAAAAUAGACAAAUCAGUGAAACAGUAGGCAGAAGCAGACCGUAUUCUAAGUAAGAAGGAGAUGAUUUUAAAAAGGAAUCACAGGGGCCGGCCCCGUGGCUUAGCGGUUAAGUGCUUGCGCUCCGCUGCUGGCGGCCCGGGUUUGGAUCCCGGGUGUGCACCGACGCACCACUUCUCCGGCCAUGCUGAGGCCGCGUCCCACAUACAGCAACUAGGAGGAUGUGCAGCUGUGACAUACAACUAUCUACUGGGGCUUUGGGGGGAAAAAUAAAUAAAUAAAUAAAAUUAAAAAGGAAUCACAAACCAUUGGAAGAGGUUGUGCAGGACCAUGCAAUAAAUAAUGUUGGACCAACUGGUUAGUAAUUUGAAGAAGAAAAUAAGUCUCAUUGUAGACCUCUAUUUCAUACUAUACUUCAAAAUUAAUUUCAGAGGAAUUUGUCAAAGCCAUCUAGAAACGAGGUGAAGAGGGGGUAUUUUAAUAAAAAGACUUUCCAAUUUCAGAAGCAACAGUAAUUCCCCAGAGGAAAAGGUUUAACAUUUCCAGGUACACCUAUCUCGCCUGUACCUAAGUAAUG